AUGGAAUGUACGAGGAGGUUGUCCUCUUCGUACAACCUCGAGUACAAGGAGGAUUUUCAUUAUCUGUUAAACAUGCUGGACCUAGUUCAGGAGCUCCAUGAGGAAUUCCUUCAGAAAAGAUUCACCUCACUUGUUCCAGUUCCGUCACCUCCACCAUUCUGUUCCACCACCUCUGUUCCGUUGUCUCCUGCCGCCACCGUCAGCCCGUCUCCUCCGACAGUUCCAGCUUCCGCUCCAGCCGCCACCCCCUGCCCGACUCCAGUCGCCACGGUUCCCCUGGCCGUGGGGUUCCAGGUAGCCAGGCUGGCGCCUGGUCGGCAAGCAGCACGGCUGGUGGCAUGGCCUGCCCCAGAGUCUGCUCCAUCCAAGCCCCCAGAGUCUGCUCCGUCCGAGCCCUCAGAGCCUGCAGCAGCCGACGCUCCGCCGGGUCCUGCAGCAGUCGGCGCUCUGCCGUGUCCUCCUGAGCCUGCAGCAGCCGGCGCUCCACAAGCGCCGCCUCCUGCGUCGCCGCCCUCCGCGGCUAAAGCUACGCCUCCUGCGUCGCCGUCCCCCGCGGCUCCGCCUCCGACAUCACCGCCCACCACGGUUUAA